AUGGCUGCUAAAUUCUUCUGCGUGUUGAUCGGGCUUGUGGUCAGUGUCGCUGCUGGUCAGAGCAACUUCACCGAAACCUGCCACGGCAUCGAGCUUUUAUCCGAUAGUCUAAGCCAUACUAGCCAACUCAAGGCCACAUGCAGCAAUGAGAUGAUCGAGGGUGGCCAAUCCCACGAGUCCACCAUUGAUCUGAAUCUCUGCGUGGGUAUCGACCAGACCAACGGCCAGCUCGUCUGGUCUAUAUACGGCAAAUACACCCUGUAUUGCUCCAACUGCUCGCUUGCCGAGCCUGCUCUCCUGUCCUGCGCCUGCAAACCGCUCACACAAGGGGAUGCUCGUUCCACGACCCUUGAUCUGGAUGAUGGUAUUGGGAACGAGAGCGGCGUUCUUUCGUGUAUAGGAGGUAUUGGAUCUUGAAGGGGCGUUCUCCUCGACACUCGGGCUUGACUGCAUUUGGCGUUUCGGGG